CUUAUGUCUUCUUCGCAUACAUGCUGUUUAAAUGUCAGAAUUUCUGGUUAAAUCACUAUCAUCGCAACCGCUCCCAUAGUCGGAAGUCCUUAUUGUGUCCUUAUCCCGGCCUAGACGUGAUGUUGCCGCAUUUGUCAAAGGCCAUCUUAGGCAGAAAUGACACAGUAAAGUAGAAGAUAAUAACUGCUAGAAUUUGAUGAACUUCGGUCUCUAGGCAGCUUCUUAUUCCUGUAGUAUCGAAUUAUCGAAGCCCAACCGACGUCAUCGCGUUGCCUGCAACUAUAGAAAAGCCCGUUUGUCUCUGGCCGCCUCUUUCGUUGCAACUGUUUAAGAUCUCCCCAGAAUCAUCCGACUGUUCUCUAUCCUCACUAUACAUCUAUUCAUCACUAAGUCAAGCUAAACACGUUACUCAUCACGAUGCCUGUCAUCCCCGAGCCUGCUAGCUUCCCUACUGCCCACGGCAGUAACAACGAUAGCCCUUCCAACUCCUCGGAGCAGAGAGACCCUGGCCAGGAUACAAAGAAAGCCUCGAUGCUCGAUCACCUGUCAAAGGGCCCUCAGAUCCCGGACAACAUGCCACCUAAAGCAACAAAGGAAGAGAUUGAGGCGCGUAAGAAGGAGCUGAAUCAGUGAAUGUGCCGGAUAUCUCAGAU